CUCUUUUAUAUUAUAACUAUUACUAUCACUAUUAUUAUUAUUAUUAUCAUUAGUUUAUAUACAUUUUUGUAUCAAACCCGAUUAUGGUGUUUAUCGCACUGUAUAACUAUGAAUCUGUAGAUAAUUUUUUCUAUAUCAUAUAUAUCAGGAUUUCUUUGGUGUACCAAUGGUCAGUACAGAUAGUGAGAAUGGUAGUGUGAAAGCUAUUAUUGAGGGAGAAAUAGAUCUCUAUGCAUUCCUUGAAAUCGAUGUGUCUGCGACAGGGGAUGAAAUAAGAAGACAAUACCGUAGAAAGGCUCUUCAGUAUCAUCCUGAUAAGGUUGGAGGAGAUUUAGAUAAAUUCAAUACAUUAAGUAAGAUUUAUGAAAUACUAUCGCAUGAAGAUUUAAGACGUCAGUAUGAUGCUCUAAGACAAGCGAGAGCAAACAGAGAGCAGAAUAAAGAACAAUUGAAAGAGUUUACCAGACGGUUUCAAGAUGAAUUGCAAAAGGCUGAAGCAAAAGUAAAUAAUAAUGAAUUGAGUCAAAAACGUCGAUUCACAAAUAACCUUGAAUUAUUACGAGAGGAAGGUAUAAAGAGACGUCGAGUUCUUGAGGCUGAAUUGAUUACCAAUAGAGAAAGUUCUAAUACUACUGAAAUACGACAAGAACCUGUAGAAUCAUAUGUUUCGUAUAAGGACCUACCAACACCAUCGCAUAAAGUCGAGCUUCUAGUGACGAAAAAUGAUGUAUAUCGAGUAAUAGUCAAAUGGAAAUUUAAACCAGAACUUCGAGAUUUGAUCUCGGAAGAUGUGAUUAAUCAAAUAAUGCAGACAUUCGGAUCAAUUAAGCAUGUUCAGAAGUUACCAUAUCAACAAGGUUCACGUUAUGAUCAAGCCAUAAUAGAGUAUGAAAAUAUAGAUGGUUAUCAAAGUGCUUUAAAUCAUAAUUACAGACAAUCAGCUAGUUUAUGGGAUGGUACUAAAGUAAGAAAAUUGGCUAGUUUAUUGAGAGAAUGUUUACCAGAGAAUUCAAAAUCCAAUGUAGAAGAUUUAAUAUAUGAUAUAAAACAUCAUAAAAAUCUUCCAAAUGAUUUCAAACUUCCAAGUCGAACUCAUAUUGAUGAGGUGGAUAGUGUACUAUACUCAAAAAUAUUAAAUCAGUUGGGAUAAUGAUGUUGGAACCGUAUCUGACCACACAAUAUAGUAAAUUCUUUAGUGCAAGCACUGAACUACAUAUGGGUCUUUUAAAAUUACUAGGUUAAUGUACGACCAUGGAGUAGAUAUAUCUACUGGUUAAUCAAAAUGGUAUAGAGUAGAUUCAUUUCUAAACCAUUACGAUUUUUAGUCGAUAAUAUAUAGUAUAUUCUACGAUAUUAGUAAUGCAAAAAG